AUAUGUGAUAGCGUCAUUUCGUGUGUAUACCGUUGAUUUGUAUGCGUUUUCCGUCGGCCACCCGCACAUCGUGAUCGUCCCGUUUUUGGUCGUCUGCGAGAAAUAUUAUGUAGUGUGACGUUCUGAACUUAGUGCGAACCGUUAACUUAAGCUGGAGCCAAGUUUUUGUCUGUACAAGUGAAAUAACGAUGGAUAACAGUAACGGCGAAGUGAAACUGCCGCCGCCGCCGCCGCCACCACAGCCGAUUAACACAGUGACGGAUCUCUAUCAAAUAUGCCGUCUUUGUCUGAACACGUUGCAAGUGGACGAAGGUGAAUCCGUUUUCAAUAACCAGGUUCCUUCGUUGCCCGAAAAGAUAUAUCGUGUAUUUGGGGUCCAAAUUACUGAUGCUAAGGAUUUGCCUAAUAAACUUUGCUCAAAGUGUGUACAAAAUACAGAACAAUGUUACAGUCAUAGAGAAACCUACAAGCGUCAAGAACGUGUUCUUCAUGAUAUGCUUAAAAAAUCAUCAGCAGAAGAAAUUAAAAAUUCUCCAAAAACUGAAUAUGUAUAUAGCCCUGCUGAUUCAAAUCAUUCAUCAUCUUCAGGUUUAGGAGUUGAUGCUCGUUAUGUUAAAACUACAAAUUCUGCAAGUAAUAAUAAUUCUACUACAUCACCACCUUAUGAAACUAAUGCGUCACUUGCGUCGCAUGUUGAAGUUAUUCAAGGUUGUGAUGAAAUGGCCGCUGAAGUAACAAUAGCUCAUGAUUCAGAAGAAACUGUAUCUGGUGAUGAUACUAUCUGUACAGAUAACAAUGCUGAGUAUGGUACAUAUAAUGAUGAUGAAAAUAUUAUCGUAGUAAAAACUGAGCCUGAUGAUGAAUAUGAAGAGGAAUAUUAUUAUUAUAAUAGUAAAAAUGAUGAUGGCUCUGAAAAUUAUGACCACCAAGGGGGACCAAAGGUCAUUGCUAGUGUUCAGUUUCCUAUUGUAAAUGGUACAAUUGUUAAUGGUACUCAUAAAAUUGGUCAAAAACAAUUCUCUCUUGUGAACUGCAUUCCAACUUCUUGGACGUCAAGUACUGGUAAAGAUCGUCGUAAACAAAGUUGUCCAACAAGAGCAUUGGAAUUGAGUGGAUUCCGAGCACAAGUUGCUGGAGAUGACACUAACUCUUCAGAUGAAGGAAAUGGUCCUAAUUGGACAACAAAAAAAAUUCGAUCUAAUUCACCAGCAGUUAUUGUUAAGCCAGCUUAUGCUUGGCCAAAUUUACAAGGUAGUGGCCAAACACUUAUUUUUCAAACAAAGAAUCCUGAUGGUACAACUUCAGAAUUACGUCCUCAAGUGAUGCAAGUUGGCGAGUGGGCUAAUAGUCAAGGACAAUCUAAUGCUCCAACUGAUCCUUCAGAUCGUAUGGGCAUGUUACUUUUUGCAGCCACACAUAUUCAAGAAUUAUCUACUGAAAGUGAUGAUGGUCAGUCACCUGGUACUCCUAAAGGAGCCACUGUAGUUCGUGGCAAACUAGUUUCCUCUGACCAAAAACGUAAAAUUUAUCAAACGCAAGCCACAAUAAGACGAUAUUCAGAUGGCCAUCAAGUACAACAGCAAGUUAAAGAUAUGAAUGCUUCACCUAAUAUACCUAGAAAACGCACGGCCAGGGAAUCGUCUGUUCAAAGAAUGUGUAGUAAUUGUGGAACAACUUGUUCAACAAUAUGGAGACGAUUAAAUGAAGAUCCAGUUUGCAAUGCUUGUGGAUUAUAUUAUAAACUGCAUGGAAAAAUAAGACCCCCAACUAUGCGACGUGAUACUAUUCACACCAGGCAACGUAGAAAACGUUCUGAUAAUGCACAUUAAAACUAUAAUUAAAUGGUGGUCAGGACAAAAUUACAAGAUUAUUGAGCAAGCUUCAGGUAAGAAUGCCAAAGCGGUAACACUAGAUGAUAUUAAGUUUUAACUCAUGUUAAUUUUUUCAAUUUAAUUGCUUGUAAUGCUUAGAUUUAAUAACUUAUUUUUUUGUUUUAACUUAAUUACAUAUUAUAACAGCAACAUUUAAAUUAUAAGAAUAAUUUUACUUUGUUGACACAACCCCAGUAUUUUAAGCAAUAAACAAAUUCAAAUUAGAAUGUAUAAAAACAAACUAAUGUGAAAAUAAUUUUAAGCCUUGAUUAUUGACAUUUUUUGUGAGAAUUAAAAUAUGGGACAUAGUUCAUGUUUCUAUUUUCAAAAAGUUGUUUGUAAAAAGAAAACUAUUAUUAGAUAAAAUAUAUUUAUCAAAAGUAAUUUGGUCUUUUAAAAUAUAUUAAAGUUAAUAUAUUCAAUAGAAAAACAAAUAACUGAAUUGUUUUUACUCUUUAAAAUCAAAAUUUGUAUUGAAACUUAAGUAAAAAAUUUCUAUGUGGCAUAUCUUUUGUUAUUUGUCUUUUUUUCACAUACUUUUAAAUUUAUGUGUUUGUACAUUUUUAUGUUUAUUUGAAAUUUUUUAAUGUAACUGUAGUUCAUCUAAAAAUAUAGUAUUAUGUCAAUCCUCAAA